AUGCGCGCACCGCUGCGUUCGGCCGCCACGGCGGACGGGCGAGGAAUUUUCGUGUGGGGGAAGGGGUGUCUGGGCUUCGCUCUUUCUCCCGUCUCCGUCUUCCCCCGCUCUCUGGCCGGCUUCGCGGCACGAUGGCGGCCGAAGAGCGGCCGUCUGCGCCGGCCUCGAAUUCUUCUGGGUCAGAAUGUUGUGCGAGUGAACUUGCGAGGCGCGGCCCAACCAUUUCUGGGGGCACAGAAUGCUGUCGGACCCAAAAUGCUGUACGUGCUGUGGAGAGAGAAGUGGGGGGACGCCGGCGGGCCGGAGGGGAGAAGAAGAAGAAGACGGCCUCAAGAAAACGCAUCGUCGGCCCAAAAGAAGAAGGAAGAAGAGACUUUUUGGUUACGUUUUUUCGCUUCACUCCUCCGGCCCAACCGCCUUCAGGAUUCCAGAUGA